AUGGAAAUUAUAACUGGAAAAAAAUCAAAAUUAGCAAUGAGUAAAUCUUCUCGUUAUCGUUUAAAGAAAAAAGCUACAAAUGUAGCUGAAAAACUUCUCAAUAUAAAUUCAAAGGAUAUAAAUCAUGAAAUCCUCCAAUCAACUUCUCAUCAAGUAAUUUCCAAUAUGGACUACUGCGCUUCCGUUUCCUAUAUAAAUAUUUCAAAAGACCAACAAUCUGAAAAUGACAUACUUCAUGAUUUACUUAAUUCACCUGAUCGGAAUGAAUAUCUAAAUGCAAACUUUUAUAGUGAUUACAGUGAUGAUGAACAUAUUAAUCCACAUUCAUCAUUUACUGAAACUCCAGAUAUCAAAUUAAUUUUGGCUCUUUGGUCAAUUCGUAAUAAUAUCACUCAUGCUGCAUUAAACGAUUUAUUAAAAUGUUUGAAAUGUUUCCCUCCAUUUUCUGAUCUACCAAUAGAUUCAAGGACCAUAUUAAAAACUCCAAAAACCACCGUUGUUAAGCCUAUAAGUGAUGGCAUUUAUCAUUAUUUUGGAAUAACACAAGAGGUAAAAUGUAUACUAUAUUCAAAUAAAAAUUUAUUUAAAGAGUUUUUAUUAGUAGUAGGUAUAGAUGGAUUACCUUUAAUGUCAAAUCCUCCAAGCCAAUUGUGGCCAAUUUUUGGUUACUUUUCAAAUAUUGAUUUUUUAAAAAAAUCUGUAUUUAUUAUUGGUGCUUAUUAUGGUACAAAUAAACCCAAAGAUUGUAAUGAGUAUUUACUAGACUUUGUUGAGGAAUUGAAACAUCUAUAUAAUGAAGGAAUUAUUUUUAACAAUGAGAAAUAUACAGUUAAACUUGAUGCUCUUAUUGCUGAUUCACCAGCAAAAUCAUUUGUUCUUAAUUGUAAAGGACACACUGGUAAAAAUUCCUGUGUUAAAUGUUUAGUUGAAGGUGUGUGGUUGAAUCAUAGAAUUCACUUUUCAGAUUUGGAUGCUGAACUGCGUAGCCAUGAACAUUUUUCUGCUUGUUUAUAUGAAGAUUUUCACCAAGGUCACACAAUCCUCACAGAAGUUUCCUAUUUUGAUAUGAUAUCUUCAGUACCCUAUGACUACAUGCAUGUAAUAUUAAUUGGUGUAGUAAAGAAAUUACUUUUAUUUUGGACAACAGCUCAUCAUUAUCACUGUCUUUCUUCGCAUACUAUAAAAUCACUGGACGAAAAUUUAAUAUUCCUUUCUCAGUACAUUCCUGAUGAUUUUCAGAGAAACCCUAACUCAAGAAAUCAUCCAUUAAAAGAUGUUAAUCGUUGGAAAGCUACAGAGCUACGACAAUGUAUUUUGUAUACUGGUUUAGUGUUAUUUCAAAAUAAAGUUCAAAGUGAUAUUUAUACUCAUUUUUUAGGAUUAUCUGUAGCCCUACGAAUAUUGCUAACAGAAAAUAUAGAAAAACAGUAUUAUGAUUAUGCUAAAAGUUUAUUGAGAAACUUUGUUACUGCAUUUGGUGAUUUGUAUGGAUUGUGUUAUGUUUCGCACAACAUACACGCAUUGAUUCACAUUACAAGUGAUGCUGAAAAGUAUGGUUCCCUUGAAAAAAUAUCUGCUUUUCCAUUUGAAAAUUUUAUGCAACCUAUAAAAAAGAAGGUAAGGUCAGGAGUUAAGCCAUUGCAGCAAAUUAUUCGGCGAUAUAAGGAACACCGAGCUUACUCCAUUAGUUUUUCAAAUUCAAAGAAAGAACCAUAUGGUCCAAUCUGGGUAAAAUGUGACAAUAAAAAUCGACCAUUGGUGUCUGGUGUAGGAGAUUCACAAUACAGUGGGUGGAGAACACCUAAAUUUACAAUAAAACUCAAUAAGGCAAAUUGUUGUGUUAAACUAAAGAAUAAUUUAAUUAUGGUUAUUGAUAACAUUGCAACUUGUUUAACAAGCAAAAAAACAAUAAUAAUUGGUAGAUGUUUUGAAAAAAUUGAAAAUUAUUUUAUUCACCCAUGUAACUCAAGUUUAUUAGGAAUUUACAAAGUUUCAAAAAAAGGUCCUUUACACAGUUUUUCUAUUGACAUAAUUCAAGAAAAAUUAGUUUGUUUACCUUUAGACCUGACACAUGAAUCAAUGGUAGUAAUACCAUUUGUGCAUUCUGUAUGACAAUUAACAAGGACUUGGAUUGUAGUACUUUUCAACGAAAAGAAUUGCAUUCAAAAUGUUCCACUGAGUUGGUUCAUUGCCAAAAACGGAUCACAGGCUGGGAGAUGUUGGUAUCCUUACAGC